CUCUCAUUCUUUCCCUCCUUCUUUCUCGGUUAUACCUCUCCUUUGACAUUCUCUCAUCCCAUUUCAUUCUCAUUCGCCAUGUGGACAACAAGACUCCUCGCGUCGAGUCUCAACAGAGCCACGACACUGCCAUCCAUGAUAGCCACAACAUCAGGGAUCCAGACAACCCGCAUGACGGCACCUCUUUUGAGGACGCCUCAGUUGAUCCGUCUCUCAUCCUCAUCUACAUCCGCCAUCUCAUAUAAGCGAAAACACCCUCGCAAACUUCACCCGGCUCUGUCAUCUGAUUAUCUUCAUCCAGGCGCACCUAAUGCAGAAGAAGCAGUCUCCAGUAUUCUCUAUAAUACCCCGCCCUCUGGAAAGGACAACACGAAACAACGCCAUAUCUUUAAUUGUCUUGUCCAGAACGAACCGGGAGUGUUGAGUCGCGUUUCGGGCAUUCUGGCCGGAAGAGGAUUUAACAUUGACUCAUUGGUUGUUGCAAAGACUGAGGUUGCUGAUCUCAGUCGAAUGACAAUUGUUCUUAGGGGUGAAUCCUCGACGAUCGAGCAAGCUCGGAGGCAGUUGGAGGAUCUUGUUCCAGUUUGGGCAGUCCUGGACUACACAGGCUUCAAGGUGAUCCAACGUGAGCUUCUUUUGAUCAAGGUCUCGAUCUUGGGACCCGAGCAUGUGCGAGCACAGAUGAAUUCGCGUUCACCCAAUUGGCAAUUACUGCAGGAAGAGGCCGAGGAAGAUAUGACACCAUCGGAUGCGCUGCGGCAAACACAUGCGCAUCUAAAGUCAUUGAAAGAGCUUACAGAUUUGUUCCAGGGCAAUAUCGUGGAUGUAAGCAGCGAUUGUGUGGUGAUUGAGUUGUCUGCAAAGCCGGAUCGUAUCGAUUCAUUUGUAAAGUUGGUCAAGCCCUUUGGAAUCUUGGAAGCAGCAAGAAGUGGUAUGAUGGCCAUGCCGAGAUCACCCAUUUACGAUCGCCAUAGCGAGGAGAAUGACCAGCCUGAAGAAGAGGGAUCAGGUGUUGAUGCAUCCCUGUUGCCACCUGGAUAAAAAGUGAAAAUUUAUUUAAAAAUGUAAAAAUAAACUUGGU